AUGUAUGGGGAAUCAUGCCCUCAAAAAUGUCGCAUAUGUGAUAGAGAUUUUGUGCAAGAAAUAUUCUUCGUUUACGAAGGCGAGCCUGAUGCACGUUUUGUUUUCUUACCUGAUUGCAAACAUAUAAUUCAAGUAACUGCACUCGAUCAAUCGAUUAACAAGUUCGUCAAUGAGUCAAAUGACAAGACCGCCAUUCGUUUUCCUGUAUGCCCACGCUGCUCACGGAGAAUUUAUCGUUGUACACGAUAUACGCCAGUGUUCAACAAAGUCUAUGGUUUGAUAUCGCAAGAUAAAAAGAAAAUCUUAGGCGACAAAUCCAAGGAGGAAAUGAAUCAAUGCCGACAAGAACUAUUAAUAGAAUACGAAACAAUGAAAAUGAGUUCGAAAGAAAUUGUUCUUCACCCAACUAAUAAAGACUUUUUCUCGAUCUUAACAUCCAAAGACCACUUCUUUUCUAAUGAUAAGUUGAAUUUAUUUACGAAUAUUAUUGGAUUCCUUAUUGAUAUUGACAAAACUGCAGCAGAAGGAUUUAAAAAAUUGCCGAAAGAUGUAUUCAAACGUCGAGUUAUUUCUUCAUUGUCUCUUGUUAAAAACUACUUAUUUACACAACGUUGUGGCAGAAAUUUUGCCGAACAACAGUUAAACGAUAUCGACUCAGAACUAAAACGAAUUCGUCGAGUAAUUUAUAUUGAGAGUUUUAUCUGUUCAAUUAAAAGAAGUUUAGAAGCGCAUGAAAAAGAUGGUCUAGACUGUAUGCAAAACCUGACAAGCAAAGUUGGCCCAUUUACUGAUGAUGACCAAGCAAAAUUUAAUGUUUUGGUAGAGAAAUUUCAAUAUUUAAACAAUCUGCCAGGCUUACGAAUAAACGAAGAUGAACGAAAGUCUAUCUGUGGCGGUGCUAAUGAAGUUAGCGACUGUCCAGACUGUGGAGAACGCAUUGGUGGACAAGAUCAUAAUUUGUUAGAAACAAAUCGUCAUUCUAGUUUGAUGGAUAGUUUACAAUAUGCCGCGUGGUCAAACGAAGCCAAUUUGCGUCAGCCACCUGCACUUCACUAA